AUGGCCGAGCCACACAUUUCCCUCAUAUCCGACCUCACACCUCCCUCGCUAGAGCGGACAUGGCUUACGGCGCCACACCCAACACUCCCAAUUGUCGCGACUUGUAGCUCCGAUAAGACCGUGCGGGUGUACUCACUCACCAACUUCAAGCUCCUAUCAACCAUCACCGGCGGCCACAAACGCAGCGUGCGAACAUGCGCCUGGAAACCACACGUACAAGGCGAGAGCGUACUCGCGACAGGCAGCUUCGACGCCACAGUUGGAAUUUGGCGACGAUGGGACAGCUACGGGACCAACGGAGCUAUCAAUGGUGACGAACAAGAUGUGACCGGACCCAACGCUGACGAGGACGAAGAAUGGCGGUUUGCCGUUCUGCUAGAUGGACACGACAGCGAAGUCAAGUCUGUUUCUUGGUCACCGUCAGGGAUGUUGCUUGCCACAUGUGCACGCGACAAGUCGAUUUGGAUCUGGGAAGACCUGGAUGAUGGGGACAACAAUUUUGAGACGGUCGCGGUGAUGCAGGAGCAUGGUGGUGAUGUGAAAUGUGUGGCUUGGCACCCUGUUGAAGAAUGUCUCGCGAGUGGUGGAUACGACGACACGAUUCGGCUGUGGCGGGAGGAUCUGGAUGAUUGGGGCCAGGUCGCGUGUAUCAAGAAGCACGAAGGGACAGUCUGGUUCCUUGACUGGGAAGGACCCGAGACCGUGCCGGCGUCAGAGUCGAGCGAUCUGCAGAGCCAAUGGCGCGAGCAAAGAGCUCUUUCCGGGCCACGACUGGUUUCCUGCUCUGACGACCGCACUGUUCGAGUCUGGCGCCGCCUGCCUAAGGAGAGCUCACAACCGGGAAUGAGCUCGUCAGCAGCCACUGGGAUUCCGAGCAUUAUUCGGCCCUCAGGUACCGAUGAGACGUGGGAGGAGGACGCACUGCUUCCCCAUGCACAUGAGCUGGCCAUCUACGCUGUUGCGUGGAGCAGAAAGACUGGACUUAUCGCAUCUGUCGGGGCCGAUGGCCGCAUUGUGGUAUAUGAAGAACGACUUUUGGUGCCAUCCCCCGGUGCAGAUGCCAUGGAGACCGAGCCUUCUACGAGGCCUGCUUUGAAGACAGAAUGGGUGAUUCUUGCCGUCUUUGACGGAGCACAUGGUAUCUAUGAGAUGAACCACGUGGCUUGGGCGAACCGGGCGGAUCGUGGAUCAGAGGGUGCGCAAGAAGAGAUCUUGGUGACGACUGCAGAUGAUGGCAGCGUCAAGGUGUGGACGCUGCAGCGAUGA